AUGAAUCUGCCGGCCUUCCAUGUCCUCAUUACAACUUAUGAAUUGUUUUCGCUUGAGAAGAACCUUUUCCUGCCUUUCCACUGGCCUGUUCUUGUGGUGGAUGAGGCGCAUCGUCUAAGGAACCGCCAGUCUCGUCUUUUCCGUGAUCUGUCCGUCCUGGAUGUUGGUUACAAGGUUCUGCUCACCGGGACUCCGUUGCAGAACAACCUGGAGGAGUUAUUCCAUCUUCUCAACUUCCUGGACCCCAAACAAUUCAAUGAUUCUCGAAUGCUCGGUGUCGAGUGGGUUGAUUUGCCUAAAGAAGAGCGCAUCUCAACUCUUCACAACCUUCUCAAGUGCCAUCUCCUCAGACGGAUGAAACGAGAUGUCAUUACUGAUCUGCCUAAGAAGACUGAAAUCAUUGUGCCCGUUGAUCUCACUCUCUUGCAAAAGCGAUUAUACAAACUUAUCCUAAUGAAGGACUAUCAUGAACUGCGCACAGGAAACCUGAUGAAUACGCUGAUUCAUCUGCAAAAGGUCUGCGAUCAUCCCUACUUGAUGCCGUCUGGAGACGCGAUCGCCCCGCGUGUGACUGAUGGAGAGGAGGCCGGUUGCUAUGAGCAGCAGGCUCUGGUUCAAGUCAGCUCCAAACUCCACCUCGUCAUGCGCAUGCUGGCAAAACUGCGUCCCGAGGGUCAUCGCGUCCUGAUCUUUUGUCAUCUCACCAAAAUGCUUGAUCUCAUCGAAACUGCCCUGGUCAAUGCUGGGUAUGUGCGCACGGUCUAA